AUGGAUUUAGUGCUCAUAAUUUUCCUUACGGCCAUUACCGGAUGCCAUUCGGCGAGAAUCUUGGGGUUCAUUUCCGUUCCCUCCUACAGUCACCAGGUGGUGUUCCAGCCCCUGUGGCGGGAGCUCUCCUUACGCGGGCACCAGGUGACAACGUUGACGACCGAUCCAAUAAACGAUCCAGGAUUAGUGAACCUGACCGAGAUCGACUUGAGCUUCUCGUACCGCGCCUGGAAGGAGAUGCUGGGAGUGUUUAAGCACACGAACUCGGAUUUAUUAAAGCUGCAUUACUUAAUAAUGGCGUCGGUGGAAAUUUCGAAAAAGCAGCUGGAGCAUCCCCAAGUACAGGAUCUAAUUCGUAACGGAAGUAAUGGAUUUGACUUGUUUAUAGUGGAAUACCUAUCGUCUCCCGCGAUCGCUUUGAGUAGGAGAUUUGAUUGCCCCUACAUUGGAGUGAUCUCGAUGCCGGCAUCGGAACCCUACUUCUCACUACUUGGCAGCCCUACGCAUCCAGUGCUGUAUCCCAGCGAUGUCUUGGGAAUCAAAAACUGCGUGACGUUCUUCGACCGUUUCAAAAGCGCCGUGUUUUCCGUUCUGCACGAAAUGUACUAUUCCUAUUACAUUCGCCUUGGGGAAAAUGUCAUAAAGGGAGAGAAUGACCCAUCGCUACGUGACGUCAUGAACAACGCCAGCCUCCUGUUUAUUAACUCCGAUCCAAUCAUACAGAAGGUAAGGGCAAUGGGCCCUAACAUAAUCCAAAUCGGGGGAGGAUUGCAUCGCGUAAGCGAAGAGCCACUUCCAAAGAGGCUACAAGAGCUGCUCGACGCCGCCUCCGAGGGCGCUAUCUACUUUAGCCUGGGAUCGAACUUGAAAAGCGACGAUCUCUCGGAGACCACCAGAAACGCGAUCCUCUCGGCGUUCGCCGAACUUCCCUACACGAUCCUGUGGAAAUUUCACUCGGACCACCUGCCGAAUAAGCCCGACAACGUACACGUUGAGAAAUGGUUUCCGCAGCUGGCAGUUUUGAGCCAUCCCAACGUGAAACUCUUCAUAACCCAAGGAGGUGUGCAGUCUCGCGAGGAAGCGAUCCACUCCCACGUCCCGAUGGUCGGCAUGCCGUUCGUCGGCGAUCAGUUUUACAACGUGGAGAACAUGGUGGAGAUGGGAUUCGGCCUGUCGGUCCUUCCCUCGAAAUUGCGUACGGAAGAAUUUAAAGCCGUUAUCGUUGAGGUCGCCGAAAAUCCUAGGUACAGAGAGAAGAUUAAGGAGGUGGCAGAGCUGUCGAAAGAUCAACCCAUGACAGGUUUGGAACGGGCGGUUUGGUGGACGGAAUACGUCAUACGUCAUGGGGGCGCCACACAUUUCAGAAGUCCACUGCUGGAUAUUCCGUUCUAUCAAUACUACUUCCUGGAUGUCUUCGCAGUUCUUGUGAUACUUCUGCUGGCGCCUUUGUUUUUUGCAUACCGUGCGAUUAUAUUUCUAUGGAGACGUUGGCAUGUAUCGUUUGGUUCCAGAAUCAAAAAGGAUUGA